AAUACCUGCCCAAGCACCCAUCCAUUAUUUUUCUUUCCCAACCUUUUUAUUUAUCCCCGCUUAUAUCUACCUCACCAUUCCCACUCUCACAUCCCGCGCACCGUAGUUCAUUUGGCUUUACCAAAUCAUAUCGAUAGUCCUCUUGUUUCUCCAACCGAAUGGACGAGAAAAUCAGUAACCCUGCUGCCCGAUCCACUCCCGAAGACGAUGAAGAAGCUGGCGUGUUUGCAAUGCAGCUGGCCGCGGGCUCUGUCCUCCCGAUGGUCCUCCGAGCCGCAAUCGAGCUCGACCUCCUUGAGCUGAUCAAGCAAGCCGAGCCGGCCGCGUCUGCCUCCGAGUUGGCCGCGCGCCUCCCGACGAAAAACCCUGAUGCGGCGGCCAUGGUAGACCGGAUCCUGCGGUUUUUGGCUGCGCACGGCGUUCUGACCUGCACUAUGGAGGGCGGCCAGCGGAGGUACGGGCUGGAGGCGUGGGCGCGGAGGUAUUUGACUCGAAACGAGGACGGGGUCUCACUGGCGGCCUGCUAUUCGCUGAUGAUACAGGACAGGGUUUUUAUGGAGACCUGGUAUCACCUGAAAGAUGCAGUUCUGGAGGGAGGAGUAGCUUUCGAUAGAGCAUAUGGUAUGAACGCCUUUGAAUACCCGGGUACAGACCCAAGAUUUAACCAAGUAUUUAACCAGGGCAUGUUUGAACAAUCCACCAUUUUUAUGAAGAAAAUCCUUGAAAAAUACAAGGGUUUUGAGGGCCUAAAAACCCUAGUCGAUGUUGGUGGAGGAAUUGGAGCUUCACUUAAGAUGAUUGUAUCCAAAUAUCCAUCAAUGAGGGGCAUCAAUUUUGAUCUGCCCCAUGUUAUCAAAGAAGCUCCUUCCUACCCAGGUGUGGAACAUAUCGGUGGCGACAUGUUUGUUAGUGUGCCCAAAGCUGAUGCCAUGUUCAUGAAGUGGAUUUGUCACGAUUGGAGCGAUGUACACUGCAAAAAACUGUUGAAGAAUUGCUAUGAAGCCCUUCCACAUGAUGGGAAAGUAAUAAUUGCAGAUUUUAUUUUCCCAGAGGACCACAAUAGUGGACUGGCCUAUGCACGGGCGGCUCUUAGCGAUAUGAUGAUGUUAGCCUAUAAUCCCGGUGGCAAAGAGAGGACAUACAAGGAAUUUCAGGCCCUAGCCGACUAUGCUGGUUUUAAACGUAGCAUCAAAGUUUGCUCUGCUUAUAAUAUUUGGAUCAUGGAGUUUCAUAAAUGAACAAGACUACAUCCACUUGAUUAAUUUCUAGCUUUCAUUCAAGUAUUGAAGAGAAAAAUGGCUGGAUAAUUAAUAUUAGUAAUAAUAUUCUCUCUCUCUCUUUUUCUCUAUCUAUAUAUAUAUAUAUAGAAUGCAAAACCUAUGUAAGGUAUGUUUUUAAAAUUCAAGAAUGCUUUCUGCUUCCUUUAAUUACCGUUUCUAAGGUGUUUUGUAUCUGCUUACGUUCCCCACAACUCUACUAUUAGAUAAGCUUAAAC